GAGGUGUACCUGAAGGCAGCACACACUAGCUCAUUCAUCAUGAGGCUGUGAAUCCUCAUCAAGCUAUCUGUUAGCUCUGCGUGCUAACCCCAGUGAUAUGAACUGAUAAGCCGGUCGUAACGUCACUUGUACAGCCUUUAUCUAUUUAGUUUGUAACACCAGCUAAUGAAUAUCUGUAUUAACGUUACCGGAGGAACUAACGUGUCGUGUUAUGGGAGAUAAACGGAGGUCAGACGAGCGGUGGGCUGUCAACAACACUAAUGUCCGAACAACCAGCCCUCUGCCUCUCUGACAGUCUGUUGAUGUUAUAGCUCUGAUCAACUUCAAAGUGAAUCAUGCCUGGGAAACUGAAGGCCAAAAUUGUGGCAGGGCGCCACUUGCCUGUGAUGGACAGAGCCAGUGACCUUACUGAUGCUUUUGUAGAGGUUAAGUUUGGAAACACAACUUUCAAAACCGACGUCUUUCCCAAAUCCCUCAAUCCACAGUGGAACUCUGAAUGGUUCAAAUUUGAGGUUGAUGACGAGGACUUGCAAGAUGAGCCAUUGCAGGUCACAGUGUUGGACCACGACACUUACAGUGCUAACGAUGCCAUAGGGAAAGUUUACAUUGAUAUUGACCCGCUGCUGUGCAAUGAGGCUGCCUCUGUCAUCUCUGGCUGGUUUCCUAUCUAUGAUACAAUUCAUGGUAUCCGAGGGGAGAUCAAUGUCCUCGUCAAAGUGGAGCUUUUCAACGAUUUGAACCGCUUCAGACAGUCCUCCUGCGGGGUCAAGUUCUUCUGCACCACAUCCAUUCCACGGUGCUACAGGGCAGCGUUGGUGCACGGGUUUGUGGAGGAACUUGUGGUGAAUGAAGAUCCAGAGUACCAGUGGAUCGACCGUAUAAGAACUCCUCGGGCCUCCAAUGAGGCGCGUCAGAGGCUCAUCUCUCUUAUGUCCGGAGAGCUGCAGAGGAAAAUAGGGCUUAAGGUACUGGAGAUGGGCGGGAAUGCAGUGGUGGGCUACUUGCAGUGUUUUGACCUGGAGGGAGAGUCGGGCCUGGUGGUCCGAGCCAUAGGUACUGCCUGCACACUGGACAAACUCAGCUCUGGAAGCGCCCCCAACACCAACACACAUAUACACCCGAGCACAGCCCCUGCUUCCAAUGCCUGCAAUUCCCCCUCUAAGGAUGGAAAGGAGCCGGUAUUUGGUGAGGACCUGACCUCGUCCUCCGGCCCGCCAACCCCUUUCAGAGCCCUUCCCACCACCUCCUCCUCUCCUCCCCCCUUCUCUCCUUCCAAGCCAUGCAGCCGCCAGUCCUCAUCAUCAGACACAGACCUCAGUUUGACGCCCAAGACGGUGGUGCCAGUGAGACGCAGGCCUGGGAUCUUCCUCUGCCCCAGCUCCCCCACCCUCUCCACAGACACUCUGUCCCUUCCUGGUUCUGGCUCAGCGGGCUAUGGUCUCGGCUCUGCCCCCAGAGCCGCCACCCCGCCCCCUCCCUCCACCGUCCACUCAGACACUGACUUGCUGAGAAAGAGCGUGUCCUUCACCGAGGGCCUGCUGCUGGCAGCCUCCGGAAUGGGCAGCGGGGGCAGCGCCGGGAAGGAGGCAGGGCCUCUGAAGACCUUGCUCAGACAGCAGACGCAGACGGCUCUCGAGCAGCGGGGAGCGUCCUCCUCUGGGUUAUUGUUAAACGCCAGGGAGUUCCCCUUCUUCACCUUGACGUCUUUCCCACCUGGUUUUCUGGUUCAUGUCGGUGGAGUGGUCAGUGCUCGCUCUGUCAAACUACUGGACCGUAUACACAACCCCGCCUUGGGUAACACGCGCUCAUACAAACUGCUAGACUGGAAUAGUGUCACUGCAGAUGAGCCAGAGACUCGCGACGCCUGGUGGGAGGAGAUUCGCCAGGAGAUCAAAUCUCAUGCCAAAGCACUUGGUUGCCAUGCUGUUUUGGGGUACAGCGAGAGCACUAGCAUCUGUGAGGAGGUGUGUAUCCUGUCGGCGUCAGGCACAGCAGCCAUCCUGAAUCCUCGGUAUAUGCGCGAGGGCUGCCUAGACAUCGGAAUCGCCGACCACAGGUUUGAGGAGCCGUCUCCUCCGAGCUGUGGCUUCUGCCACAUCCCGUAUGAUGAGCUCAACAUGCCCUUUCCUGCCCAGCUCACCUACUGUUAUCAAUGCAGGCGACAAAAGGUUCCUGAUGUGCUGUUCACAACAAUCGACCUGCCUGCAGAAGCAGCCGUCACAGGGAAGGGCUGCCUCAUCCAGGCCAGACUGUGUCGUCUAAAAAAGAAGGCCCAGGGCGAAGUGAAUGCGACGGCAAUCUCCAACCUGCUGCCUUUCAUGGAGUACGAGCUGCACACUCAGCUGAUGAACAAGCUGAAGCUGCGGAGCAUGAACGCUCUGUUUGGCUUACACAUACAGAUCAGUGUCGGAGAGAACAUGCUCCUGGGUCUGGCUUCCGCUACAGGAGUGUACCUGACAGCCCUGCCGGCACCAGGUGGCAUCCAGAUUGCGGGGAAAACUCCUGGCGACCUGAGCAAUGAGCAUCACAUCCUCACCAUCCAGAAAAGGAUCAAUGAGACCAUAGCCAAGAACAAAGAGCUCUAUCAAAUAAACCCUCCGGGAAACCAGAAGACAGAGGACUGCGGACAUGAUGUUAUGAAAUUAUUUGCCCUGGACCCUGAGGUGUUCUGCGGCAUAAACAUGGAGGUAGCGGAGGAAGUGGUGGGUUCUCCGAUUCCUGAGCCGAGGCAACGAUCCAGACUUUUCCGCUCCCACUCAGAAAGCUCAGAUGAACUGUCUGAACUGGACCUCUCUCAUGGCAAGAAGGAUGCCUUUGUCCUGGAGAUUGACGACACUGAUGCUGUGGAGGACAUCCACUCCCUCCUCACUGAUGCGCCUACCCCCGCUGGUUUCUACAGCUGCAACACUGAGAUCAUGCCUGGGAUUUUCAACUGGACUUCAGGAGUUCAGAUGUUUACAUCGGUGAGGGUCUUUCGGUUGAGUAAUGCCAAUCUCACUAACCAAGGCUUGAACAAGAUCUUCACUGACCUAUGUGAGAAUCUGCUAAAGAGUUUUUACUUCAAGUUGCGCUCCAUGAUCCCCUGCUGUCUGUGUCAGCUCAACUUCACUGUAGCAGUGCCAGAAGAAGAACUCAUACAGGUCACUGUGACAGCUGUUGCCAUGACGUUUGACAAAGACCAGGCUCAGGAGAAGCCUGCAGACAAGCCCACCACCAAAGGAGGCGGUGAGACCGAAGAGCAGCUGCAGUUUCCCAUGGAGUUAUGUGCAGACUCGUCAUCUGCCAACGCUCAGCCAUCAUCCAAAAUCUCAGGUACAGUCUCUUUACUCACGCCAGCUGCAAAACUAUGCCGUAAUCAGCUGGUUAUGGUUCGUUCACCAGGUGUCCCAGAGAGUGCCGUCGUCUCAUCCAGAGCUGCCUCCGUUGAUUACGGUUCCUUUGCAGACAGAUGCAGCACCUGGCUAGAGCUGCUUAGGCUGAAAGCUCACACCAUAAGACGAGGAUCAGUUAAGACAAUCUCAUCUUUGGAGCGCUGCAGUCCGCUGCCCGAGGGACGUUCCCGCUCGCUGCGCUCCAACCGCUCGUUCAGGGGCACUUCCGUCACCGUGGUGAAGAUGACGCCGCUCUCCUUCCUCCCAGGGACACGCAUCAUUAAAUACCUUGGGAUCAUCAACAUGUUUUUUAUCAGAGAGACGACAUCGUUACGGGAGGAAGGUGGUGUCAGUGGCUUCCUCCAUUCAUUCAUAGCAGAGGUGUUUGCGAUGGUUCGAGCCCAUGUAGCAGCCCUGGGUGGCAAUGCAGUGGUGUCCUACAGCAUGAAAGAGUGUGUGUUAAUGGAAAAUCCAAACAAGAACCAGGCCCAGUGUCUCAUUAACGUGAGUGGUGACGCCGUCAUCUGCGUCAGGGAAACGGACCAGGAACCAUCUUCCUCAACGACAAAUAUCGGACAGACCUGCACUAGUGGAACCGAUGUGGCGACAUGACAGUGAAACACAGAGUCUCACUUUGUCUGCAGGACACACAAUCUGAGUGAACACGGUCUAUGAGUCUAGCCGUCCAAAUAUGAGUCAUUUAUGUCUGCCUUAAAACUCUGUAAAAGAUCCAAAGGUUUGGACACAGGUAAUAUAGAAAACACACUAAAAAACAUGCAGUCUGGAUUUAUAUGUGAAUGCAGCGUGUUUCUUUCUGUUUUUCUAUGUUUAAAAAGAGCAUUUGGGCAGGAGAUACUGAUGAGGCUCUUUGGGAAUUAGGUAAUCUGAGUGUUUAAAAAAAACAAACAGCCAAAGGACCCCCCUGCAUCUAACAUUUGCCUAUGUAUUACAUCCGUCCAUAUAAAAGCUACAGUAUGUUGGCCAUUCCUCUAUGUGAUGCUUGAGGCAGCUAUGACUAAUUUGUCCAUCCACAGCUCACAGGAGGAGUCACUAAAUGGCCAUGCCAAAAGGGACACAGCUGUAUACCAUCAGAUAAUUUAAAAACAGUCAGAUUCUCACUCUGUUGAGCUCUGUUUCGAGGGAACUUGCAGAUUAAAGGCCCAUCUGUUCAUUUCAGAGUGGUCACAUAAUGACUGUCGAGCAGGCAAGUAUUUAAAUUUCAACAAAGCCGGUCUUCCUCAAAAUAGAAAAACAAUCACUAGAAUGGAAAUUUUAAAUCGAAACAACCCUGUGAUGCCGUUUUGUUAUAAUUAUCUACUUGUUAAUUGGUGUCCAGUUUUAAUGUCUGAAUUAGGUUUUGUAUUGAUUUUGUUGAUAGUUAAUCUUACUAAUUACUGUCACAGUAUUGCUUGCAGGCAGUAUCAUACAGAUAAUCAAAUUUCAUCAGAAAGUGUCAAAUAAUGAUGUCAUCUAUAAUAAAUAAAAAAAAAAAAACAGGCCAGGGUUACUGCACAUAUUUUUGUAGGGCAAGAAUUUUCCUUUUAGAACAGCCAUUACUUACAUUUACUCCAGUGACUAUUUUAUAUACUAAAACUUUAAAUUUGUAUUGCUUCAGCUUAAAAUGGCAUAAUGUGUAUGCCUUUUAUUCACUAACAUCAGGAGUGUGAGGGCAAUGGGUGUAAUGUGGCACCAGGGAUGUUUCACGGGAUAAAAUCUUUGAGAUUGUUUUGACUGACCUAAACCUUUAGCAGUGUGUACUGAAUCAACUCCUGCUUCACUUGCAGCUCUAGGAUCAGUUCCUCCUCUUGAUGCGUCUUGCUGUCAGUGUCAGAUUUCACACAACUUUGUCAAGCUUCAUCAAUGUUGCUUUGGCACUCAUGUGUCAUGUAAGAAUCCUGCUACUGAUUUAUCCAUCUUCGACAUUCAUGUCCAAUGCUGAAAAAAAAAUGCAUCUUCUGGUGUAGCUGCCACCUGAAAAUAAACUGUGUAAAUGUUCUCUAAAAUCAGAUUUUAGUAUUUUUGUAACAUAAAAUGUAUGAAACCUACAGUUUGUUUUGCCUGUGCAAUGCAUUCCUGAUGUUUUGACUCACUGUGUCAGAGAAUAAGUGGUACUCUAAUCUGUUAUUGUGGUCAGUUUUCUGUGUCUAAAACUUGAAUGUACAAACUUUAGAUGCUUUUGCUUUCUGACUAGCAGCAUGCAGACCCACUUUUUAUUGCCAUGAAUCUGUAUGCUUGCCUGGUAGGUCUUGCACAAUAAACUCAGUCAAACCAA